AACCUCUAGCAAGCUACGGACACAGAAGGCAGAAAAAAAAAGGAGUAAAAUACAGCAGCCGAGCCUGAGGAAACAAGGAUAUGUCCGCUAGAUUCAAGGAUAUAUGAAAUAAUACAGGUCGGAUACAGUGGAACGACAAGUGAACAUUAACGGAGACGGUAUAACAGCCAUUUAAGUGCCUCGGAUACCCGGACCUACAAGUCAUCUCUUUUUUGCCGGAGUAGGAAGGAAGAGUCGAGUCGCCGACAGAAACACAUCCAGAGUGAAACCAUGAAUCCCGAAUAUGACUAUCUGUUCAAGCUCCUGCUCAUCGGAGACUCUGGAGUAGGAAAGUCCUGCCUUCUGCUCCGCUUUGCCGAUGACACCUACACAGAGAGCUACAUCAGCACCAUCGGAGUGGACUUCAAGAUCCGCACCAUCGAGCUGGACGGCAAGACCAUCAAACUGCAGAUUUGGGACACUGCAGGUCAGGAGAGGUUUCGUACCAUCACCUCCAGUUACUACCGCGGAGCUCAUGGCAUCAUAGUUGUAUAUGAUGUGACCGAUCAGGAGUCUUAUAACAAUGUGAAGCAGUGGCUGCAGGAAAUCGACCGCUACGCCAGUGAAAAUGUCAACAAGCUUCUGGUGGGCAACAAGUGUGACCUGACCACCAAGAAAGUGGUGGACUACACAACAGCUAAGGAGUUUGCAGACUCUCUGGCGAUCCCCUUCCUGGAGACCAGCGCCAAGAACGCCACCAACGUAGAGCAGGCCUUCAUGACCAUGGCAGCUGAGAUCAAGAAGCGCAUGGGCCCCGGGGCCACAGCCGGCGGAGACAAGCCCAACUUAAAAAUCGAGAGCACCCCAGUCAGGCAGUCCGGAGGCGGUUGCUGCUAAAAGACCCCUGCCCCCCCAAAUCACCAUCACCAUCACCAUCAGAUCUCCCUCUCCUCUCCUUUCUGUGUUCCUUCCCAUCAUUGUUUGCCACUUCACUCAAGCCCACCAUUCUUUCCAUAACACCUUGUAACCUACACCACCACCCAGCCCCCUGACACCCCCCCCCCCCAACCAUCACCAUCAGCAGCCUGUCUGAAGAGGAGUGAACCAUCAGUGUGUUACUUUAGGAGGGUUCAUUCAGGCCUGUACUCCAAACUACAGAGAGCAACCAGUGUGUGUGUGUGUGUGUUUGUGUGUGUGCGUGUGUGUGUGAGGCAGACAAACACAGGCAACUUUUACUUUCUGCCAAGACGACAGAAAGAAAACAGAUACGGAGGAAGAUUGGUAUUGAUUCAGAGUGGGACAGAGGCAGUGGAAGAUUAGGUUUAGAUAGCAGUCAGCUUAUCUGUACACACACACACACACACACACACACACACACUGUAGUGGGGAGUCAGGGGUUAAAGAGAUUCAAGCCUUUUGGACAUACACUUUUCUCCUCAGGUUGUGUCUGUCUUUGCUUGUGUCAUCUUAUGGCCACACACACACACACACACACACACAUACACACACACAUACACACACACACACACACACACACACACAGGUGCAGCGUGCACUGUAGAUGGUAAAUAAGUGUUGCUGAGUAGCAGCAGCAACCCGCUAAGAAUGACUCAUCAUUACCAUUUUACUGACAAAGAUGGAGGGAAAAGCCCGUUCAGUGAGCAUCCUCUUCCUCCGUCUGUCCUCCUCUUCCUCCGUCUGUCCUCCUCUUCCUCAGCUUCCACUCACAUUUCUUUCUCAAGGUGUGUUCAGACAGAAAGCAACGUCAGCCUCACGUCACAUGCUCUAAAAUAGGCACACUGAGUCCAGUUCUUUCUGUCAUUUCCCUCCAAGUCUCCCUCACUGUUUCCUCUCAUCUGUUCAAAAAGGGACACAGUCUUCAAACUGAAACAUUUCUAACUCAUCCCACCUCUAAAACAUUUGCAUCGCGUUCUGUCUGAACACCACUUCAAGGUCCCAAUACGCUCCAAGCAUUGAAACAGCACUUCCUCAAAGGUGUUUCAUUCGGCCUAAAUAAUCCUAAUAGUCCUCACAGAGAGUAGCACACAGCUUCCAGAGGAGCUUUGAGACUCUGUUAAGAAAACUUGAAAUUUGUUGCUGAGCGGACAAUAAAUUCAAAUAGUAUCAACAAAAUAUUCAUACCGUGUACCUAAUUGACAUCUAAUUGGAUGAGGAUCAACUCUACACAUUUACUUUGCCUUCACACAUUCAUUAAUAGAAGCUGAUUUCAACAUAAUAAACAGCUGUUACAGUUGCAGGUAGAUAGUGGAGGAACAUCUGCAUCCAAAGAUAAGCUGUAGUUAGAUCAGAUGGAAGCAUUAACCAAGGGAACCAUGAACCAAACACACACACACACACACACAGCAGAGGUGGGAUGGAGAAGUGUAAUAUACGGUUAGUAUAGAGUUUUUAUUCAUUAGCUUUCAUGUUAAAUAGUAAAAAGAAAGAAAUCAUUUUGGAUGGUGACUUCCUGGAAUGACACUAAAUAUUCCAGUGUGAGGAUGGAGAUGAAGAGGCAUGAUGAAGGUGGGAGGAAGGGGGGGGCUCAGUUCGAUCUAUUCUGACACACAGGAGAAGCAAUUGGCAAUAUCUGCAUUGAUCUAACAGUUCUUGUUUUAUUUUAUUAUUAUUGUGGUUUUAUUGUUUUUUAUUUUGGAGACAACUUUGUACAAUUAGCUUCAUGUUCAUGUUCAGUACGUGACUGAGGUGUUUGGGUUUUUUUUGGGAUGUCGUUUCAUUUGUGCUUGUUUGCAGAUGAAGCUGGGGUGGAGAUGUGGUUGUGGGUGUGUCUGUUAGCUAAGAGGGAGGGGGGGGGGCAGGGCGGGGGGUCUUAAAAAGCUGCUGUUCCUUCCCUGAGACUGAUCGGUUUGUCACUAAUGGUAGUUUACACAUGAUUCACACUCAGAUUGUCUUUUUUGCCCCCCCCCCUCUGCACCCCUCUGCUAUGCUGUCUGCUCCUUACCUCCUGAGUCCUUUGUCCAAAGCUUAAAACAUGUGAUUGGUUAACAUCUAGAGUUAAAAACAAAGAUUAAACUAAAGUAGCUUUUCCAGAGCUUUCAGUCAUACCUCAUGGUCAUCUUUAAACAGAGGUACAGGUUAUCAUUUCCUUAUGUAUUCAAGUAUAAAGCUCCACUUACUCCUUCUGCUAAUGAUGAAGACUGUGAAAUGUGAUAGGAAGCUCUUGGUAACGUCUAGGAAGUGGACCUUGACUACCAAAAUAAAAGAUAAAAGAACAGUGCAAAUUUGAUGCCACUUUUCAAUACUCGACACUACAGAAAACAUUUACCAGAUACUAUUAUGACCCUUAUAAUCCAGAUUUAAUUACAUCAUCAUCACCAUCAUCACCAUCAUCAUCAUCAUCAUCAUCAUUAUCAUCAUCGCUUGCAUGAGACAUUUAUCUCACCGCCAGCUCUUAGUGUUUGACUCUGAGCAGCUUCUUGCUUGUCAUAGCUGUGUUAGGUUUCCGUGGUAAUCGCCAGGGAAACCUUGUAGGAAUGUGAGGAAAAGACCACCCCCCCCCCCUACCCCUGACCCCCCACCCUCACAGAAGGGGCCUCUAACACCACACAGCUCCUAAAUCUGAGCCACAACUUUGUACCCUGUUAUAUAGAAAGAACUGGAAAACAAAUGUGGUCGUCAUAGAGUGGUCGUACUUUGAAGAAUGGAUAUAAUGUAUUAAAGUAGCAUUAGGACCUUGUUACUCACUCUUUUAUUUGUGUGUGUGUGUGUGUGUGUGUGUAAUCUGUGGUGUUAGUGUGUCCGCCGCAGACACGUGUCCUCUCUGAACUGAACAGAAGCUCUGUUGCAAGGCUCUAGUUUCAUCAUGUGUGUGUCGUGUGUGUACAGGGGGCACCUGGAGGUUCAGGGACUGACUGGUCUUUGGUUUUGCUGACCGGAUAUGAACUCCCAACUCCCCCCCAAACCUCACCCGCCUUCUUAACUAGUCAACCAUGUCACUACGACUUGAUGAAUUCCUUUAACCCCCCUUCCCUUCCCCUUCUCCUUCUCCUCCACUCAGAUGUGUUUUCACAGAGGCGUCAUCCUUUUACGGAAAAAAAACAAAAAAAACAAAACUCGUCAGCAUUUUCAGGUACAACAGCUCCUCAGGCUGCGGUGAAGCUUCUCCAUCGCAGCUCCGCCAAGAUCAGCAGCUUCCAAAAAAGUGCAAUUUCAGCUCCUUUU